GCUUUCGUUAGUUCGUUAGAUGUGCGGCGUUCGUUUCUAUAUUAACAGUUUAGGAGUGUGUAGCUCCGCAUAAACCACAUCAUCUGAUGCAUGUGUUGGGUCUCAUGUGGCACAUCGAUCCGCCCGGUUCGGAGUCAGGGAUUCUUUGUCAUGAAGUAGAACAUUAACCCAAGAAGGUUAAACAGCUUUAACAGCAGCGUGAGGCGGAUGAGUUUUCACUCUCUGUGGAGGGACGGACUUCGACGUAGUGCUCAGGAAUCCACUAGAUGUUGAGUGUCCAAAUACACACUUGGAUUCAUUGAAGACAUGGGGAAAAAGAAGGACAAAGAUGUUGAUGCAGAGGACCAUGGAAAAGUACAGCGCUCAUCGAAAUUAUGUGGCACUAACUACCCAGUUAGCAUUGCCUUCAUUGUGGUCAAUGAGUUCUGUGAAAGAUUCUCUUACUAUGGAAUGAAAGCGGUGCUCACGCUUUACUUCAUCCACUACCUACAUUGGGACAAGAAUCUGUCUACAGCUGUGUACCACGCUUUCUCAAGCCUGUGUUACUUCACUCCAGUUCUGGGGGCCUUGAUAGCCGACUCAUGGUUGGGGAAGUUCAAAACCGUCAUCUAUCUGUCUAUAGUCUAUGUGAUUGGUCAUGUGGUCAAGUCUGUCGGUGCCAUUCCUGAUGUGGGGGACAGCACUGUUCAUGUAGUUUUGUCAAUGCUUGGUCUGGUCCUCAUAGCUUUUGGGACAGGAGGGAUCAAACCAUGUGUUGCAGCAUUUGGUGGUGACCAGUUUGAUGAAGAGCAUACAGAAGAGAGGAGAAAAUUCUUCUCCAUCUUUUACAUGUCAAUCAAUGCUGGAAGUGUCCUGUCCACCAUUGUCACACCAAUACUAAGAGGCGAUGUGAAGUGCUUUGGAGGAGAUUGCUACGCCCUGGCCUUUGGAGUUCCUGCGGCUUUAAUGGUCAUUGCCUUAGUGGUAUUUAUUGCUGGAAGUGGGCUAUAUAAGAAAAGUCCUCCAGAAGGAAAUGUCCUGGUGUGUGUCUGCAAAUGUAUUGGGUUUGCUAUACGCAAUCGAUGGAAGAAUUCCAAAAAGAGCCCAAAAAGGAGUCACUGGCUGGAUUGGGCAGAAGAGAAGUACCCGAAGCGGCUCAUUCAGGAAAUUCAAAUGGUGUUCAGGGUGCUGGUUCUCUAUAUUCCAUUGCCCAUGUUUUGGGCUCUCUUUGACCAGCAGGGUUCACGCUGGACUCUGCAAGCCACUCGAAUGAACAUGGAUUUUGGUGGAGGCUUCAUAUUAAAGCCUGAUCAAAUGCAGAUGCUGAAUGCUUUGCUGAUUCUGGUGUUUAUCCCGAUCUUCGACAUGGGCAUAUACCCGCUGAUAGGGCUGUGUCGGAUCAAACUCACUCCACUAAGAAAGAUGGCUGCAGGCAUGAUCCUUGCUGCACUUGCAUUCUGUGCUGCAACUGUUGUAGAAAUCAACGUCAUUAAAUCUGUUGUGGAGCCACCUCCUGCCAAAGAAAGCCUUGUUCAGGUUUACAAUCUUAUGGAUUCAGAGGUCACCGUGCAGUUUCCAGGACAGACUGUCCUCUCAGAUCCACUUAAAUCAUAUGAGGAUCCUUCGGGAUACACAAGUCUUCCGCUUACUGGCGAAUCCCAGCUCUACACAGUUACUGUCACUCACAAUGGGGCCGAAUACCAGUGUGGACUCACGUUCACAGAACGGACUACCUACAGUCUCUUCCUGCACACUGCACAACCUGGUGACACUGUAUGCAAACUGGUGAACGAUCACAUCACCAAAUCUGAAACCGGGGCUGCGUAUCUAAGGUUUAUCAAUACUCACACAGAGAAUAUCAACAUAACUGUUGGCACUGAUGAAUUUUAUGCGGCUGCUAAUUAUGGGAUUUCUCAAAAUAUUAGUGUACCUAGGGGAGAAUACAAUGGAGUUGUUUGCGAAACAAACACUGACCAAUAUCACAUCGACCUGGGACUUCUUGAUUUCGGUGCCUUCUAUACUGUCAUACUCUCAAAGGAAAGUAAUGGCCUAACAUUCAAAAAGAUGGAGGAUAUCCAAGCCAACGAUAUUCACAUCGCUUGGCAGGUUCCACAGUAUGUCUUCAUCACUGCUGGGGAAGUCAUGUUCUCCAUCACUGGUUUGGAGUUCUCCUACUCACAGGCACCAGCAAGCAUGAAGUCUGUUCUCCAGGCUGGAUGGCUUAUGAAUGUGGCAUUCGGAAAUGUCAUUGUACUGACUGUGGCAGAGGGGGCCGGGAUGGAACAGUGGACAGAAUUCCUCCUUUUUGCUGGCCUUUUGGUGGCUGUCAGCAUCAUCUUCUCCAUCAUGGCCUAUUUCUAUACUUAUGUGGAUCCAGACCAGCUGGACAAGAUUUUCAGAGAGGACACGGAUGAUGAGAAAGUGGGAAGUUCUGAUAGUAAGAAAAAUGAGGCAGUUUCUUUGAAUGACAUGCCGAAGCAAACCAAGAUGUAGCAAAAUGACUGGGUUUUGUUAUGAACAAUUCAGAUCCAUUAAUUGCCAAUAAGCUAAUUAACUUCUUGCACAUCAGACUGUUGUAGCUGUGUUAACACAGAUCAUUUUUUUCCAGGGCCUUUAUGUGGCAUUAUGCUGAUCUCUGCUGCUCAGGGAUCAUAUUUCAGCUGAAUUAAGAGAAAUUUACUACGCUGAAGGAAUUGUUAUGCUUUUACUUUACAUGGUACCUUACAAAAAGAAAUCUGUUUUUUUAGCAGUUACAAAAUGUAAUCGUUAAGAGUGUGAUGAACACUACUGUACCUUUCAAAAGUUUGAGGUCUGUAAGAUUGUUGUUUUUGAAGUCUCUAAUGCU